AAAUCCAUUCCGUAGAUCAGACGUUGUUCCAGUGAAAACAUGGAGGGUGUUGACGAUUCUGCUGGAACUGCUAAUCAAGCAGAUUUACACGAUGAAAAUAAAAGAUACUGCUGGGUUUGUUUCGCCACGGACGAAGAUGACUUCACCGCCCUAUGGGUGCAACCUUGCCAAUGCAGUGGAACAACAAAAUGGGUUCAUGAGACUUGCCUUCAGCGUUGGGUUGACGAGAAACAGAAAGGCAAUUCAUUGGAAAGGGUACAUUGCCCACAGUGCAAUACCCAGUAUAUUAUUGUAUUCCCUCCAAUCGGAAAACUCAUUCUCUUUCUUGACAUCACUGACCGCAUAAUUUACAGAGUGUGUCCAUUCAUUGCAGCUGGUGUUGUUAUUGGUUCAAUUUACUGGACAGCGGUAACUUAUGGGGCACUGACAAUUAUGCAAGCCGUUGGAGCUAAAGAAGGACUUGCUUUAAUGGAACAGUCAGAUCCCCUUUUCCUUCUUAUUGGUCUACCUACAGUCCCUGUAAUGCUUAUAUUAGGAAGGCUUGUACGGUGGGAAGAAGCUCUUUUAGCUUUUCUCAAUAAGAACAUUCCACGUGUGCCCAUUGUGAAGCAUUUACUUCCUACUUUUCAAGUAGCCUCUAACUCUGUUCGUCCACAAGGCACAGAAACUCCUCCCUUCUCCGACCCUGUUUCUGCCACCCGAGUCCUAUGUGGAGCAUUAAUAUUUCCUACAAUGGCCGUGCUUUUUGGGAAGCUACUGUUUCAUCGUGUUCGCUCCAACCUGCAAAAAACUUUCUUUGGAGGUAUUGCUUUUCUGGCGUUGAAAGGGGUCUUGAAGAUGUACUACAAACAACAAAUUGUUAUACGACAACAUCAACGCCGUGUUCUUGACUUCGCCAAACAGCCAACCGACGUCAAAGGAAGGACAAAUACCAGUUCUAAUCCCUGAAUCGCUGAAGUAACAGAAGUUUCGAGAUUACGUCAAUAUGUAAAUAUAAUUAUCUUAACUCGAGAAUUAACACCAGUUUGUGUAUUUCAGACAUGUUGACAUUUCUUUUGACAUGUUAGUUACAGUUACCCUAACACAUCUCAGGUGAGGUGCAGUUACUAUAUAAAUUGUGUAAAAUUA